AUGAAGCUGUCUAUUCUCGUUAUCGCCACAUUUGCCUCCAUCGCAAGCGCUUCCUUCUUGCCAUUCUUCCAUAACCAGCAGGAACAAACCUAUGACCCCACCUCAACUGAUUUAAUCAAACCCUGUGGCAACGAUCAAGACUUAUUGAUGCAAGUUAUCCUAAUUGAUGACAUAACCCUGACUCCCAAGAUUCCUGUAAAGGGACAAAACUUGACAAUCGAUUUUACAGGCUACCUCAAGAAAGAGGUUACCGAAGGCACAACUGUAUCCAUCCUGGUCAAGUAUGGCGUAGUUCAGUUGAUUCGCAAAAAGUUCGAUUUCUGCAGUGAGGUUGCCCCUGAAGUUCAAGAAGAGUGUCCUAUCCCUGCAGGACCUCUUACUUUCCACAAGGAUGUCGCGUUGCCAAAGGAGAUCCAAGGCGAGGUAGUGACCUGUUUAAUCGGUCAAACCUCUUUCCCCCGUAAAUGA